UUUCAUUCCUGCACCCUUCCCACCCGCAAUUUUCAGGGAAAAUGCCUGAGCUAGCCACAGCCUUAACAGCUACCAACACCAGUGCCGCCUCUUCCUUCUCCUCCCCCGCUCCUCCUCCAACACUCUCCACUUUGCUCCCGGAUGCCCAUGUCGCCCCAGUCCACCGCCCAGAUGGCUGCCUUCAGACCGGCACCUACGUCAACAUCAUCUUGGACCAUUACAACUUCACUGGGAAGUUGAACAACCGGCACUCCCAGGAAGACAAGAUGGACAUUCUCAAGUUGAUCACUGCUGGUGUCUGCUGUCUCAUCAUCUUGGAGAACCUGCUGGUGUUGCUGGCCAUCAUGUGGAAGCUGCGUUCCCGCCGGUGGGUGUUUUUCUGCAUCGCCAGCAUCACCCUCAGCGACCUGCUGGCUGGAGUCGCCUACCUGCUCAACCUCUGUUUGUCAGGAAGCAGGACAUUCCGUCUGUCGCCCACCAUGUGGUUCCUCCGGGAGGGUGUCCUCUUCAUCGCCUUGGCCGCCUCCAUCUUCAGCCUGCUGGUGACGGCCAUUGAGCGGCACAGCGCCAUGGUGAGGUCCAUCGCUGAGAACGGGGCCAGCAAGUCCACACGUCUGAAAUGCCUUAUUGUCUUCUCUUGGGGCCUGGCGAUCCUCAUUGGCUUGCUCCCCUUGUUGGGCUGGAACUGUCUUUGCAAUAAACGCAAAUGUUCCACUUUGUUGCCCCUCUAUGACAAGAAUUACCUCCUCUUCUCCGUGAUCAUGUUCAGCAUCAUUUUAGUGUGCGUCGUGAGCCUCUACGCUUCCAUCUAUCACUGCAUCCGGAAAAGUACCAAGCACUCCAUCUCGAGGUACGGCCACAAGAGGUCGCUUCGUCUCCUGAAGGUAGUGAUGAUGAUUCUCGGUACUUUCCUCUUUUGCUGGAUCCCGCUGUUCAUCCUCCUGCUGUUGGACAUCUCUUGGACGACGAGGACCCCAGCAUUCUAUAAAGCCUUUAGCUGGGCAUUGACUUUGGCGGUGCUUAACUCAUUCAUUAACCCCAUUAUCUACUCCUUUGGAAGCCAGGAGAUGAAGAGAGCUGUGCUAGAACUCAUUUGCUGCUGCUGCAUCAAGGCUGGGCUGCACGGCCCCAGAGACUGUUUCGUCUUCUCUGACGUCCCCUCACUCUCCUCCACAGAGAGCUCCUUACGGAUACGCGAGAGUUUCCGUAACUCCAUGAUGCAGAACAGGAGGGUCAGAGAGCCUCUCUCCAGCAAUUCCAGCAUGCUGAGCACCGACAUUUCAGUACUGCACCGUCCUCAGGGCUAGAAACCUGAUUCUUCUGGAGCACAGGAAGCUGCCAUAUACAGAGUCAGACCAUUGGUCUAUCUAGCUCAGUAUUGUCUUCACAGACUGGCAGCGGCUUCUCCAAGUCUGCAGGCAGGAGUCUCUCUCAGCCCUAUCUUGGAGAUGCUGCCAGGGAGGGAACUUGGAACCUUCUGCUCUUCCCAGAGCGGCUCCAUCCCCUAAGGGGAAUAUCUUACAGUGCUCACACAUCUAGUCCAGAGGCGUAUCUAGGGAAAAUAUCGCCAUUGGUCUAUCUAGCUCAGUAUUGUCUUCACAGACUGGCAGCGGCUUCUCCAAGUCUGCAGGCAGGAGUCUCUCUCAGCCCUAUCUUGGAGAUGCUGCCAGGGAGGGAACUUGGAACCUUGAUGCUCUUCCCAGAGUGGCUCCAUCCCCUGAGGGGUAAUAUCUUACAGUGCUCAUAUGUCUCCCAUUCAAAUGCAAGCAGGGUGGACCCUGCUUAGCUACUGGGACAAGUCAUGCUUGCUACCACAAGACCAGCUUUCCUCUCUACAUGAGGGGCAGGAGGAGGCUCCACACCAGGUGACUGCUGCUGAGGCAGAACAGUGCCAUUACUUUGCCCCCAAAUAGGUAUCUUAUUUUAUUUCAAGUUAAGUCAGGGGCGGCCCAUUCAUAAGACAACGGGAGGUGGUCACCUCAGGCGGCCGAUCAUUGGGACCGCAGCAGGGUGGCAAGAUACCUUUUCCUGUUGCCAUUGCAGCAGCUGUUUGGGAUGAUCUGGCCCUUGCAAGCUACUAGUCUGGUGGCUAGAGGCCACCUCCAGCCUCAUAGGCAAGAUGCCUCUAAAUGCCAGUUGCAGGGGAGCAACAGCAGGACAGAGGGCAUGCCCUCUCCUCUUGCCUGUGGGCUUCUCAGAGGCAUCUGGUGGGCCGCUGUAGGAUACAGGAUGCUGGACUAGAGAGGCCUUGGGCCUGAUCCAGCAGGGCUGUUCUGAUGUUUGCAAGGAACGCCUCACAAGGAAAGAAGAAGAGGAUGCUGGCCUCCUCCCUGCUCCUCAUGUACUUCCAAAGCUUGCAAGGGUUGGUUCUGAAUGGGGUUGACCCCACCACCAGGGGUGUGGGGCAAGGCAACUUACAACAUCUCACCUCAGGCACUGCAGUACCCUAGGCUGCCCCUGGGUUUAGCCCUCGGUUUGCUUGUGUAUUCCCUUUUUCAUAUGAGACUGCUUCCUCAUUAAAUAUAUACACACACACCUAGGCAAGAAAAAAAUAUUCUACUUUGCCAUAUAGGCUCGUUCCAGACAUUGUGCCAGACUGUGACCAAGGAAACCCAAUGAUGAUUCAAUUUGGUAUCUGAGUUGACAGACCAGAGUUUGCAGCUGGCCAGCAACCAGAUCAUUGCUAGGAUUUCAUUAUACAGAUGGUAUAUAAUGCAGACAUUUCAUUAUUUUAGCAUGAAGGCUUUUUGGGGGGCAUUUUGUUGUAAAUAAAGGGUGGAA